AAUCAAACGAGUUAAUGUGGUGGAUCUUGCAUGUGCCCUCCAUUUCGCAAAUGGGGUCUAUGGUUUCAAAAAAAAAAGGAAAAAAAAAAAGACAAGACAGAAAGAAAGAAAUCUUGUAAGCUGCUCAAGCAUCCAAAAAGCACGUUUUCAAAAGCGUGGAGUUGAAGGUGGGGGAAAAAAAAUGUUCAAGGUUUCCUCCCGUGCUUCCAAACAUGUCUGCAAAAGAAGGUAUCAGCCUUGGCUAUAUGGUGUAUGAGAGGUGUCAGAGGAGGCAGGUUCAGCUGAACACGCUACUAUGGUCUGGAGCCUUAGUUGCUAUCCAAACACAAAUAAACAGAGGGGAACAUUGGAGUUAAUGAUAGAGGAGGGGGGUGGAGGCGUGUCGGAGGGCGGGCUGUGCUCUCGAGAGUCCGGAGCCCUAAAAGUGCAGAACCGCACACUUCCAGCCCCAGCUCCGGACGGGACUCCCACGCUGCUGCUGUCUCUCCUCCAAACUUCUUCAUCUCUUUCCACAACUUUUCACAACUUGUCACGUCUCUGCGAAAGUCCGAGACAUCAGAGUUGGCUGCAUGGCUACAUGAAAGUUUCAUGGACUUGGACCUUGGAAAACUUUUAGCGACGCUUUAUUGGAGCUCGUCGCCUCUAUAGUUACUGUGGAUUACUGACAUACCGCAGGACCCUUGGCAGCUAUUUAUUGGGGGUUAUCAUCGUGUCUUCUGCAGAGGUCUGAGCCGAUAUGGGGAGCAAAGCCCUGCACGCUCCGAUCCCCCUGCACCCAGCCCUCCAGCUCACAAACUAUUCCUUCCUGCAGGCCGUCAACACUUUCCCCGCUGACCAACUGCAGGGUCUGUACGGCCUCAGCGCGGUGCAAACCAUGCAUAUGAACCACUGGACUCUUGGCUACCCGCACAUGCAAGGACUGCGGUCGACGAUCACGGCAGCCGCCCAGGGUCUGGUAGAUCCUCGUAUUCCCUUCCCAGGCCUGCCCUUCACGGCCGCAGCGCAGCUCUUCCACCCGAAACAAGCCACCGUUGCGCACGGCAUCCCCUCGCUGCACAAAGACAGGCCGAGGUUUGACUUCGCCAACCUGGCCCUCGCUGCCACGCAGGAGGACCCGCCGAAAGCUGCGGAUCUGGCAAAGUUGGCAUCGGGACUAGGGGGGACCAUCUCCGAGUUGAGCAAGCUGUCCCCGGACAGAAAACCGACUCGGGGCAGGCUUCCAUCCAAGACGAAAAAGGAAUUUAUUUGCAAGUUCUGCGGCAGGCAUUUCACCAAGUCCUACAAUCUCCUCAUUCACGAGAGGACCCACACAGACGAGCGGCCUUACACCUGUGAUAUUUGCCACAAGGCGUUCAGAAGACAAGACCAUCUCAGAGACCACAGAUACAUCCACUCCAAGGAAAAACCAUUCAAAUGUCAGGAAUGCGGGAAGGGAUUCUGUCAGUCUCGAACUCUAGCCGUCCAUAAAACCUUACACAUGCAGGAGUCUCCCCACAAAUGCCCCACAUGCGGAAGAACCUUUAAUCAAAGAAGUAACCUGAAAACUCACCUUCUCACCCAUACAGACAUCAAGCCCUACAGCUGUGGCCGCUGCGGAAAGGUGUUUCGGCGCAACUGUGACUUGCGACGGCACAGUUUGACGCACAGCCCACAUCAGGACUACUAGCCUGGACGGACUAACAAAAAAAUAAAUAAAUAAAAAAAAUCAUAAAAAAAAAACAAUGGACAGAACACAGGAAGACAAAUCAGUGACUUUCACCUUGUUCAAAGACAAUCUCCAAAUCAGGACACGUUUACAGCAGCACAUUUUAGAGUGGGAUUUGGUUGAACCGCAAGUGGAACAGCAGCGGAGCCAGCUUUCACCCCACCUGUAAAUAUCAAGACCAUGUACAUAAUGUUGUUUUCCAUUUUAUUUUCUGACCAUGAAAUGCUAAAAGUUGUCAAAAAACAGUAAUAAGUUUAACGUAUGUUAAAUUGUAUUUUAGAAAUAAAUAUUUCCAUGACA